AUGUCCCACUCCCCUGUACCCAGCCAUGUAUCCAUGAAGAGUGACCAGUCCAUGGAUCCACCUGUGAAAUUUGAAGGAGCCUCUCUUGCUAAAGGCCCACUUCAUCAGAGGAGGCCCAGUUCUCCUGUACCCAGCUAUGUGUCCAUGCAGAGUGACCAGUCCAUGGAUCCACCUGUGAAAUUUGGAGAAGCCUCACAUGCUGAACAUGCACCUCAGAGGAGACUAGACUCCCCUGUCCAGAGCCAUGUAUCCAUGCAGAGCGACCAGUCCAUGGAUCCACCUGUGAAAUUUGGAGAAGCCUCACAUGCUGAACACCCACUUCAUCAGAGGAGGCCCAGUUCUCCUGUACCCAGCUAUGUGUCCAUGCAGAGUGACCAGUCCAUGGAUCCACCUGUGAAAUUUGGAGAAGCCUCACAUGCUGAACAUGCACCUCAGAGGAGACUAGACUCCCCUGUCCAGAGCCAUGUAUCCAUGCAGAGCGACCAGUCCAUGGAUCCACCUGUGAAAUUUGGAGGAGCCUCACAUGCUGAUUAUCCUGUUUAUCAGAGGAUGUCCCACUCCCCUGUACCCAGCCAUGUAUCCAUGAAGAGUGACCAGUCCAUGGAUCCACCUGUGAAAUUUGAAGGAGCCUCUCUUGCUAAAGGGUAA